GCAACAUGAUGACUAUUUGGUGGUAAUUGUAGCUAACAAAUACGGUGUGUGAGAUAAAACAUCUAAUCUAGAGAAUGGGAGCCACUCGUAGCACAACCGUUGUGAAGAAGGAGCGUCUUCUGAAGGAGAUUGAGUUGGAUUCUUUGUCUCAUUUACGUAUUGUUGCUGUGCUCGGAUUCAUUUCGAAUACGUCUGUGAUUAUAAGAGAUAAACGCUCUUUAUUGACUCAUGAAUCGCAACUUCUUUACUUACUUGCCAAAGUCACUCAAGGUGGCAGAAUUGAAGUGGACAAGGAUAUGGUAAAAAUAUACCCUGGUCGUAUUGUAGGCGGCAAAUUCAGAUUUGAGUGUUCACCUAUAGCCCCCUUGUCCUACUACCUGGAGCCACUUGUUUAUCUGUCUGUGUUUUCAUCUGAGCCCUUUCACAUUACCCUGAUACGCCAAGGUGGUGAUGCGGUAGAAGAGGAUUUUGUGAACAAUUACAGUUUGCUUGAAACUUUUUGUUCGAGCGCUACCCUUGUUUUACGUAAGAUCGGUUGUACUUCUGUUGACUUCAAGUUUAAAGAGCCGUUCGAAGUAGUGUUUACAAACAGUCCGUUGGUACAGAUUGCGCCUAUGGACUUUUCAACGUUGAGUAAGGUUAAGAAGAUACGGGGUAGUGUGAUGGUACGCUGCCUCCAGCCUAGUUUGGGUACCAACGUUAUUAUCGGUUGUAAACAUGUUCUCAGCCAAGUUUGUGACAAUAUUUACAUUGAUUUAGUAUCACCAAAAUCUGCAACCCAGCCCUAUAUAUCCGUGUCGCUGAUUGCUGAAGGCACCAACGUGGUUUACACUGCAGAUCACACUAUCUCGCUAAAAAAUCAAGCAACGGAACCCGCUGUUCCUGCUAUAAGUGGCAAUACCAGUCUUUCUAAGAUACUGGAGAUCGCACAAAGAAAGUCAUCGCAACCUGAACCUUCUGCAACACCCAACGAUGUUACUCCAAGCAUUCAUGAGCAUUAUGAGGCCAUUGGAGCUAGUGUGGCACGAAGGUUACUCGGAGAAAUACAGCUUAAAGGGGUAUUUGAUACAACCCAUCAGCAUCUUCCAUUGAUAUUCAUGGCAAUGUCAGGAGAUUAUCAGAUAUCUGUGCUACGCAUGGGACGCAUGAAUGAUUAUUCCGUCCAGAUGCUCCGCAAAAUAAAGCAGUUUCUUGGUGUGACAUUCAUAUUCGAGGAAGAAGAGGACUCAAUACUGCUUAAGUGCGUCGGCAGCAGCUUCCACAAUAGUGGUAUAACUACCUUCUAAUAUGUUGAUUAUUAGCUGUACUGCAUAAGGU